AUGAGGCAGGAGAACCAGAGUGGCGUGUCCGAGUUCCUCCUCCUGGGACUCCCCAUCCUUCCCGAGCAGGAGGGGGUCUUUUUUGCCCUGUUCCUGGGCAUGUACCUGACCACGGUGCUGGGGAACCUGCUCAUCAUCCUGCUCAUCAGGUUGGACUCGCGCCUCCACACCCCCAUGUACUUCUUCCUGAGCCACUUGGCUCUUGCUGACGUUUCCUUCUCAUCCGUCACUGUACCAAAGAUGCUGUGGAACAUGCAGACUCUGGACCUGUCAAUCUCCUAUGCAGGGUGUAUCUCACAGGUGUAUUUUUAUUUGGUGUUUGGGUGUGUGGACAAUCUCCUUCUGGCAGUGAUGUCCUAUGACAGAUACGUGGCCAUCUGUCACCCUCUUCACUACACCACGAUGAUGAGGGAGGAGCUGUGCCUGCUGCUGGUGGUGGGUUCCUGGGUCAUGUCCUGUGGCAGCUCAUUGUCCCACACUGUCCUCCUGACUGAGCUGUCAUUUUGUGCUGACAACAUCAUCCACCACUUUUUCUGUAGUCUCUCUGUGCUACUCAAGCUGUCCUGCUCAAAUACUUCUGUCAAUGAGCUGGUCAUAUUUACUCAAGGGACUGUGUUUGUUUUCAUUCCAUUGAGUGGCAUCCUGAUCUCUUAUGGCUACAUUGGGGCUACUGUCCUGAGGGUCCCCUCUACCAGAGGCAUCACCAAAGUCUUCUCCACCUGUGGCUCCCACCUCUCUGUGGUGUGUCUCUUCUAUGGAACAAUCAUGGCAGUCUACUUUUCUCCCUCCUCAAGCAAUUCCAUUGACAAAGACAUGAUCGCCUCCCUGAUGUACACUGUGGUGACCCCCAUGCUCAACCCCUUCAUCUACAGCCUACGGAACAGAGACAUCAAAUUGGCUGUGAGGGUCCUUUGCCGAAAAGAGGUCCCUGUAGCCAGGUGA